AGGGGAAAGCGAACACACUCUGCUUUAAUUCAGAGUGGCCUGGGCUACAGGGGGUAUUUAGGGCAGACUAUUCCGCGAGGUGGAGUGCGAUUAUAAAAAUAGAUAUUCUCGCUAAAUUCCAAGCUUCCUAAAGGAUGCGUAAGCAACCAGAAAGGUUAAAUUUCUCGCGAUAUCUUAAGACAUUCGGCGUAAUAGGCCUCAGUGGGCCACACUGCUGAAAAAGUAGGGGAAGCUCGCGAGAUCUCUGCAGUUGCCGAGGAGACUAGAAGAAGAGGUGAUCUCGCGAAAGAAAAGAGGUCGGGAGCGCUCGCGAGAUCUCAGAUCGCCGGACCCGAAAGGUUUUUCAGAAGUUGAAGGGCCGAGAGGAGGCCCCGGGGCAAAUGGCCGGAGCUGGACCAACCAUGCUGCUACGAGAGGAGAAUGGCUGUUGCAGCCGGCGUCAAAGCAGCUCCAGCGCCGGGCGCGUGUCCCGCCCCGCGCAGGACUCAGACGGGGAGCGCGAGGACUCGCCGGCUGCGCGCGCCCGACAGCAGCUGGAGGCGCUGCUCAACAAGACUAUGCGUAUUCGCAUGACAGACGGACGGACACUGGUCGGCUGCUUCCUCUGCACCGACCGCGACUGCAAUGUCAUCCUGGGCUCGGCGCAGGAGUUCCUCAAGCCGUCGGAUUCCUUCUCUGCCGGGGAACCCCGUGUGCUGGGCCUGGCCAUGGUACCAGGACACCACAUCGUUUCCAUUGAGGUGCAGAGAGAGAGCCUGGCGGCGCCUCCUUAUCUCUGACCACGAUCGCGCGUGCCUUUCAGACUUCAUUAAACCUAUAACAGAA